GGUAACUGCGGGACUGUUUGCAGUUUCCGCAGACUCGUGUAGCUAGCCGCACAGCUGAGCCGGUAAGACAUUUCACACAGCGAUGGGCAUCGAGAAAUACAAGGGACGCGUCGCACUGGUUACUGGCGCCAGCGCAGGCAUCGGUGCUGCCAUAGUGCAGGCGCUGCUGAAGCAUGGGCUCACCGUCGUGGGAAUGGCCAGGAGGGCCCAGAAAGUUAAGGAGCUGGCGCUCAAGGACGCGCCAGGGAAACUGCACGCGAUUGCCGGGGAUGUGAGCGACGAAGCCAGCAUCCUGGCUGCCUUCAAGUGGAUCAAGGACAACCUGGGUGGCGUCGACGUCCUCAUCAACAACGCUGGUGUAUUCCCGACUACCAGCCUUAUAGACGGCAAGACGAAAGACUGGAAGAGCAUCCUGGACGUGAACGUGCUGGGUCUGAGCAUCUGCACCAGGGAGGCCGUGCAGGACAUGCUGAGCAGGGGCGUCGACGACGGCUUCAUCAUCCACAUCAACAGUGUUGCGGGACACAUACCACCGUUUAUAGACGGUUUUGCGAUGUACAGCUCCAGCAAGCAUGCCGUCAAAAUACUCCUCGAAGGGCUGAGGAAAGACCUGGUCGCCAAGGGCAGCAAGAUACGAGUUGGGGAGGUUUCUCCAGGACUAGUGUGGACCGAGGGAGCUGCAAACAUAGCGGCUGCUCCUCCAGAAGGAAAUGAGUUUUUUGGCAACUUGAAGCAGCAGCCUGCCCUGCAACCAGAAGACUUAGCAGAAGCCGUUGUUUACAUGUUGUCUCAGCAUCCUCGUGUACAGGUGCACGAUAUAAUUAUUAUACCUACUGGCCAACAGUUAUGAGAACAACAAUGGUAGACUUCUGUUGUGUAAGUGGAAAUAUUUAAGAAAUAAAAAGUUUCUUGUUAAAUAGUG